AUGUUUACAGCUGACAUUAUCUCAACAGUUGAAUUUAAUUACUCUGGAGAUCUUCUUGCAACAGGAGACAAAGGUGGCAGAGUGGUUAUAUUUCAAAGGGAACCAGAGAAUAAAAGUCGUCCUCAUUCAAGGGGAGAGUAUAAUGUUUACAGUACCUUUCAAAGUCAUGAACCUGAGUUUGACUACUUGAAAAGUCUAGAAAUUGAGGAAAAGAUUAAUAAAAUUAGGUGGUUACCACAACAGAAUGCUGCUCACUUCUUAUUAUCUACAAAUGAUAAAACUAUUAAAUUAUGGAAAAUCAGUGAAAGGGAUAAGAGAGCUGAAGGUUAUAACUUGAAAGAUGAAGAUGGAAGACUUCGGGAUCCAUUUAGAAUCACAGCAUUAAGGGUGCCAAUCUUGAAACCCAUGGACCUAAUGGUAGAAGCAAGUCCCCGAAGGAUAUUUGCAAAUGCACACACGUAUCACAUAAACUCUAUUUCAGUUAAUAGCGAUCAUGAAACGUACCUUUCCGCAGAUGACCUAAGAAUCAACCUGUGGCAUUUAGAAAUCACAGAUAGAAGUUUUAACAUUGUAGAUAUAAAGCCUGCUAACAUGGAGGAAUUGACAGAGGUGAUAACUGCAGCAGAGUUCCACCCCCAUCAUUGUAAUGUGUUUGUCUACAGCAGUAGCAAAGGAACUAUACGGCUCUGUGACAUGCGUUCUUCAGCCCUCUGUGAUAGACAUUCUAAAUUCUUUGAGGAGCCAGAAGAUCCCAGCAGCAGAUCAUUCUUUUCAGAAAUAAUUUCCUCAAUAUCAGAUGUAAAAUUCAGUCACAGUGGUCGAUACAUGAUGACCAGGGACUACCUUUCAGUUAAAGUAUGGGAUCUCAACAUGGAAAAUAGGCCUGUAGAGACAUACCAGGUUCAUGAGUAUCUCCGAAGCAAACUUUGUUCACUGUAUGAGAAUGACUGCAUCUUUGACAAAUUUGAAUGCUGCUGGAAUGGUUCUGAUAGUGCUAUUAUGACUGGCUCCUACAACAAUUUCUUUAGGAUGUUUGAUCGAAACACACGGCGAGAUAUUACAUUGGAGGCAUCAAGAGAGAGUAGCAAACCUCGUGCCAUCUUAAAGCCUCGGAAGGUGUGUACGGGUGGCAAGAGAAAGAAAGAUGAAAUAAGUGUUGACAGUCUGGACUUCAACAAGAAGAUCCUUCAUACAGCAUGGCACCCUGCAGAAAACAUCAUUGCUGUAGCUGCCACCAAUAACUUGUAUAUAUUCCAGGACAAAAUUAAUUAAAGACGGCUUAUUCGAGGACAAAGUUGUCGUCUUGCAUAGUUAAGCUCAGUUGUUUAUCUGUCAGAGAGAUGGCCUUGUUGUCCUCCCAGUAAAGAACAUUGAUGCACUUAUUUCCCUUUAUAGGUAAAGGAGAGAAGCUGGCCUGGAUUUGAGUUCAUGGUGUAUUUCUGCCUUCAGUGAGGGAGAACGUGGAAUUUAAUUUUUGUAAACGAAAUAAGCUCACUAGAAGCAGAAUUGAUGGACAAUACUCAAUAAAGGCCAAUAUUCAAAACAAAUGUAUUUAUUUAAGUCUGAGCCUUCCUUUCCAGUUGAUAGACCAAAAAAAAUCUAACACCCAAGAAACAAAUUGUCAUAAAAUGUAAUUUUUAUCUCACGUGUUCUUUAUCUGCUGUAAUAUUUGGGCCUUUCAAAACAUAUAGUUGUGCUUUAUGCCUGUAAACAUUCUUCCUCUGGCCUUCAUCUAAGCUUUAGGUGUUUCUACCAUUGAGCAAUAUAGGUAAGUCUAGAGUUGGGUGCAUAGACAGGUUUUUCAUGUAUAUCACUCACCAACUUUAUCUAUAACCACACCUUCUGGUGUAAACCACUUAAUAAAAAUAACAAACUAUAAAAAGUGUUUUUAAAU